AUUUCGCUCGCUAUUCCAGUCCGACUUGGACGCCGCCUCCUCCCUCCCGAGUCCUCUCCCCACCUCGCCCGCCGCCGCAGGCGAAACCCUAGCCCCACCGAGCAACCUCACGCGGGCCGCGCUGCGGAGCUGUAGGGGAGAUGGAACACGGCGUCGCCACGCACGGGGCACUCCUCGCCGCCGCUCCUCUCGCCGGCCGACGGUCCCAGCUCCCCCUCUCGCCGCCGCCACUGCCACCGUCUAUUCAGAUUCAGAAUCGACUUUAUUCGAUCUUGUCACUCCCACUAAAGGCUAGGCCAGUGAGAAGAUGCGGAGCUUCUCUAGCAAGCAACUACACCAGGCAAACAUUUGAAUCGGUUGAUUUGGACUGGGAAAACCUUGGUUUUGGAAUUGUGCAAACUGACUAUAUGUAUAUCGCGAAAUGUGGGCCUGAUGGGAACUUUUCUGAGGGUGAAAUGGUGCCGUUUGGACCCAUCGCACUGAAUCCGUCUUCAGGAGUCCUAAAUUAUGGACAGGGAUUGUUUGAGGGCCUAAAGGCAUAUAUGAAAACUGAUGGGUCCAUCCUAUUAUUUCGCCCGGAGGAAAAUGCUUUGAGGAUGCGAUCUGGUGCUGAGAGGAUGUGCAUGCCUGCACCUAGUGUUGGGCAGUUUGUUGAUGCGGUGAAACAAACUGUUCUAGCAAAUAAGAGAUGGGUGCCUCCUACUGGUAAAGGAUCUUUGUAUAUUAGACCACUUCUUAUGGGAAGUGGGCCCGUUCUUGGUCUUGCACCUGCUCCUGAAUAUUCAUUCAUUAUAUUUGUCUCCCCUGUUGGGAACUACUUUAAGGAAGGUUUAGCACCAAUAAAUUUGAUAGUUGAAGACAAGUUUCAUCGUGCUACUCCUGGUGGAACUGGUGGUGUGAAGACCAUUGGAAAUUAUGCUUCGGUGUUGAUGGCACAGAAAAUUGCGAAGGAAAAAGGCUAUUCUGAUGUUCUCUACUUGGAUGCUGUUCACAAAAAGUAUCUUGAAGAAGUUUCUUCAUGCAACAUUUUUGUUGUCAAGGGCAAUGUUAUUUCUACUCCGGCAAUAAAAGGAACAAUAUUACCAGGUAUCACAAGGAAAAGUAUUAUCGAUGUUGCUCUGAACAAGGGAUUCCAGGUUGAGGAGAGGCUUGUGUCGGUGGAUGAACUGCUUGAUGCUGAUGAAGUGUUCUGCACGGGAACUGCUGUCGUAGUGUCUCCUGUUGGGAGUAUUACAUAUCAAGGGAAAAGGGUGGAGUAUGGCCACCAAGGAGUCGGCGUCGUGUCUCAGCAACUAUACACCUCACUGACAAGCCUCCAGAUGGGUCAAACGAAAGACUCGAUGGACUGGACUGUGCAACUAAAUUAGUCUUGACCGUGCAUCAUCCUCGUGCAGAUGGCUUCUAGAUCUCAUCUAGAUGAUCAUGAUCAUGCCAGCCCCUUCAUUUUUGUAGUAUGCAAUGGAAUGGCGUCCUGUUGUCUAUUUCGUAGACGGUGCUCGUCGUGCCAGCUCGAACUACAAUCAUCUGUACCUUUCAUUUCUAUAGCAUCUACUAGCUGUUUUGUUGUGGACA